CGAACGACUCCCUUCAACUCCUUGAACAGAGAUAGAUUCGCAUCCGUCAGACAUACCUUUUGCACAAUGUCUUCCGCCGAGCUCGCCGUCUCUUACGCCGCCCUCAUCCUCGCCGAUGAGGACAUCGAGAUCACUUCCGACAAGCUCCAAACCCUCCUCAAGGCCGCUGGUGUGACCGAUGUCGAACCUAUCUGGACCUCCCUCUUCGCCAAGGCUCUUGAUGGCAAGAACUUGAAGGAUCUCCUAGUCAACGUUGGUUCCGGUGGUGGUGCUGCCCCAGCCGGUGGUGCUCCUGCUGCUGGCGGUGCUGCCGCAACUGAGGCCGCCCCAGCUGAAGAAGAGAAGGCCGAGGAGGCCGAAGAGUCCGACGAGGACAUGGGUUUCGGUCUUUUCGAUUAAAAUUCUUCUUACGACUCUUUUAUUCCCUUGUACCCAUAUUCAUAAAAGAUGGAUGCACAACACGAGGCGCUUGCGGAAACGGUCGUGCCACCUAUUGCCGGAUCAGAAUCUUCUAAUAGAAACCAGUCAUUGGGUGGCGCAAAUACCUUAUGAAUGAGAGAUAUUUUCCUUUCAUCUUUUUUACCAUGUCAUGUCGUGAUGAAAAAAUUCCCAGCUGCCAGAUUAAUCU